AUGACAUCGGCUGUGUACCUGGAACACAACCUGGACAGCUUGGAGCAUCUCCCUAUAGAGCUUUUAAGAAAUUUCACGCUUAUGCGUGAUUUAGAUAGUAGAGCCAGGGAGCUCAUGCAAAAUAUUGACCGUCAGGCAAGCGUCUACCUGUCAAAUGUACGGAGCAUGGGAUCCGAUAAACGUAAAGACCAAAUGGAUAAAAUUCAAGAACAAUUUAACAAAGCCAAAGAGUAUGGAGAUGAUAAGGUUCAACUUGCUAUUCAAACUUAUGAAUUGGUGGACAAGCACAUCAGACGUCUAGAUUCUGACUUGGCUCGGUUUGAAACUGAGAUUCAUGACAAAGCUGCAAGCAACACACGAAGUCAAGAAGAAGCUGGUUCGCAGAAGAGAGGAAGGAAAAAAAUUAAGGACAAAGAUGUCAAAAAGAAGGCAGGUGCAAGUAGUGAAGAUGAAAGCAAAGCACCUCGUAAGAAAGCUAAGAAAGGUGGAGCAAAGGCAGCAGCUGGUGCCAAAUCUGCAGCCAAAGGUGCAGGGGCAGGUUCUGCUGGUAAUACUGGGGUGGACAGUGGAGCAGCUGGAAUUGCUCAUCCUUCUGAUGUCCUCGACAUGCCUGUUGACCCCAACGAACCCACAUAUUGCUUGUGUCACCAAGUGUCUUAUGGCGAAAUGAUUGGCUGUGAUAACCCUGAUUGCCCAGUGGAAUGGUUUCAUUUUCCUUGUGUGGAGCUCACAACAAAGCCAAAAGGAAAAUGGUUCUGCCCCAAAUGUUCUGCAGACAGAAAGAAAAAAUAGUUUAAGCAUGCUAACUUUGAUACCUGUGACAUUUUAUUUAUUUUAAAUUAAAUUUGUUAUAUAAAUUUUUUUAUCUC